AUGCUGGACUCGCUUUACGUGUCGGUGGCGGCGGCGGGCAUCGCCGAAGGCUGCCUCUUUCCCACGUACUCGGUUCUUACGCGGGAACUGUUUGGUGCCGCGCACUUCGGUAAGAAAUUUGGCUACAUGACGUUCGCCAAUGCCAUUGGGUUUCCGCUCAUCCUUGGUCCCCUCGCGUCGGCCUUAUACCAUGUGACCACCACCACGUCCCCGUCCGGGGUUGAAAUUUGCCAAGGCCAUAGCUGCUUCAAUCUGACCUUCCUCAUCUGUGUAGCGCUCAAUGCAGUGUCCUUGUGUGGGUCUCUCCAACUGCAUGCGUAG